AUGAAUGAGCCAGAGGCCGAUUCACAAUUGUCUUCUGUUCCGCCAUCUGUUCCCCCAGUGUCCUCCAGUCCCGCCAGGUCAGACAUUCAAGUCGACGACAACGUCCCUGACGACCUGCCAGAGAAGCGAGAGCCCAUACAGUCCAAGCCAAUAGUUCUCGUUCCUUCCUUGUCACCAUCCACAAAGGAGAAGUACAAACCCAGGGAAGAGACGAAUCUCGAGAUGGAGAUGGACAUUGACCUCGACGAGGUCAUUGGGGAAUACAGGGAAGGGAACUCGCUCUACUAUUUUGCUCGUUUUCAGGAAGGGAUCGCGCAUAAAUAUCUGUCUACGGCCUUUGUCAAACGCCAUCCAGAUCUCGUUGAAGCAUACAGUGAGUUCUCAAAUUAUUGGGCCUUUAACAUCAACGAAUGUCCCCCUGUCACAGAAAAGGCCAAAGAGGAGGGCAAGUACGCCGACUUUGAUCCCUCUGCGCAUUACGUGCAUCCCAUGUCCCGAGUUAAAAUGAAGCUCAACAUCUCGCGCGAUAAGGCGACGGUCAGCAUCUCUUCAGCGAGGAGCGUUCGUUCAGACGACGCCAGCGUUCUGUACAUUUCCGACUCUGAGGAAGAGCGAACUACUGGUAGUGGUGCAGAGAGCUACGUUGGCACACCAGGGCCAGCAAGGAGAAGCACUCGUCAAUCGACUAUGAAACAAGGAAAGCUACCGUUCAGUCCCAGGAAGACACGCUCGCAAAAAGUUAUCGCGGUCGACUCGGAUUCUGACGACGAUUCGUCACGUCCAUCCAGGCGGCGGUCAGCUCGACAAAAAGCCACCGUCAAGGUCAACCUCGACUCGGAUUACGAAGAAGAUGAGGAGGGGGACGACUACAGCGAGUAUAGCUACGCCAAACCGUCGAAAGGGAAGAAAGUUGCGGCCAAAGUUCCCAUUCCUUCGUACGGCCAUAUUCGAAAGGUGCAAGACCUCAAAUAUGAUCCCUAUCCCGACGACGAAGAUAAUAUCGCCUUGCGUGCCCAUCGCAACAUUUGCGAAAAGUGUCAUCUCAGGCCUGCACAUAUAUUAUUGCGAAAUUUGAACAAAUCGAAGGGAAAGGGAAAGAAACGCAAGCGUUCACCAGAGGAUGACUUUGAAAUGUCCGAUAGCGAGAGAUUUAACAACCUUGGAGGAUGGGUCCAAUGUCUGAAGUGCCCGGUCGCUGUUCAUUGGCAAUGUUUAGCUGGCACGCAACAAGGCGAAAUCCUCAAGGCGGCGCGAAGUAAAGAUAAAGCGGACUGGGUUGCCAAAGGCGCAGAAGGAAACCCGCCUCGUCGGUCAGGAUUGGACACGGAAGAAGCCACGGAGUUUGUUUGUGCCUCAUGUAACAGGGGCGGUCCUUGCAUGGGCUGUCUGGAAACCGUGCAACAUGUAUCCAGUGUGCCUGAAGCUCAGCCUGACGAGAAUGGCGACGUAGAAAUGACCGAUCCAUCCAAGGAUAAAUUGGAGUUGGCCAGAAUUCUUCUGUUCCGCUGCUUCACUUGCAAACGAUUGGCUCACUACGAGCAUCUCCAGACCCCUCCUUCUCUUGAUCCUGACGCGUCCGUCAGCGAAGUCGCGACCUACUACCAGAACAAGAACUGGCUUUGUGCCGACUGCGUUUCGUUCCGAUACCCUCUUGACAAGAUUCUCGCCUGGAGACCUUAUCCCCCCAAUGCAGCACAGCCCGAGAAUCCAAAUAUCAAAGAUCAACUUCCUCGAGAAUACCUCGUCAAAUGGGCGGAACGCAGCUAUCGGCGUCUUUCAUGGGUCCCUCAUAUGUGGCUCUUGUCAACGAACCAGCAAAAGCUCAAGCAUUUCCUUGCAGGAGGCGCCAAAGUGAACUUACUGAAGGAAAUUCCCGAAGGUCAGGAAGUUGAUGGGUCCGGCGAACCCAAUGAAUUCGAGAUUGGCGCAAAGGAAUCGCGGGCAUCAUCGAGUCAUCCAGGGAGUGUCACUACCCAUGGACCUCUGGACGCGCUACCCGACGCCGAGAAACGGAUACCACCACCCUGGACCACUGUUGACCGCGUACUGGAUUUGGUGUUUUGGGACGACCAAUCUGGCAAGAAGGGCAAAAAGAAGAAAGGGUCGGCUCGCAACUCGAGACGCCAGCAAGUCAUCGAAUCUGAAUCUGAAGGGGAGGACAUGGAGGAAGACGAACCUGAGGAAGUUACGCGUAUUUUCGAGACAGGAGAACUCCUCGAAGACACGCCAACAUUAACAGCGGCCGAGUGGGAAGCUGCAUACGGGGAUAUCGCGGAGAAGGAUAUCGACAAGGUGGUCUAUGCCUUUAUUAAGUGGGAUGACCUGGGAUAUGAUGAAACAUCCUGGGACUCGCCUCCACGCCGCGGCGAACCUGGAUACGAUGCCUUCGCCCGAGCUUUCAAACGUUUCCUGCACUCGAGGACGGUGCUGGUACCGAAAAGAAAGCCCGCUGAGCAAGACAAGUUUGACAACCGACCUUUGAAUGGGUACGGAAAAUACAGGCUGAAGGACCCGGCAGGGUUGGAACUCGGUCAAGAUCCAAGUUUGAAAUUGAUGCCCUUCCAGGUUGAUGGUUUCAACUGGCUCUGCGAUAACUGGUGGAAUCGUCAACCUUGCAUUCUUGCAGAUGAUAUGGGAUUGGGCAAAACGGUGCAAGUUUCGUCCUUCCUCGGUACAGUAGCUACAAAAUGGCAGGCGUAUCCGGCUCUCGUCGUCGUCCCCAACUCCACAAUCACCAAUUGGGUUCGAGAGUUCGAACGCUGGGCUCCGUCACUUAGGGUGGUCCCUUUCUAUGGCGAGAAGAAGGCUCGAGAAGUCAUCAAGCAAUUCGAGCUGUUCCAUGAAAGGGUUCCGGACGGGUAUACCAGCGCCAAAUUUCACGUUCUUGUUACUACAUACGAAGGUAUCACUGGCACUAAGGACUGGGGUGCUGUCUUCAAGCGUCAACCAAGAUGGGAGGUGCUUGUCGUCGACGAAGGUCAACGAUUGAAAAGCGAUAGCAGUCUCUUGUUUAGGAAGCUUAACGAACUCACUAGUGGUCAUCGGGUGAUCAUGACUGGAACUCCCUUGAAUAACAACAUGCGAGAACUGUUCAAUCUCAUGAACUUCCUUGAUCCCGAGGAGUGGAACAAUCUGGAGGAACUAGAGAGACAGUACGAGGAACUAGACGAAGAAUUGGUCAAGCAACUCCACAACCGACUUCGUCCUUACUUCUUGCGUCGCAUCAAGAGUGAAGUGCUGCAGCUCCCGCCCAAGAAUGAGGUCAUUGUCCCUGUCAGUAUGGCACCACUCCAGAAACAAGUGUAUCGCUCUAUUUUGAGUCACAACCUCGACCUUUUGAAGGGUCUGACACAGCCGAACCGGGCUUCCAAUGCUUUGACUAAAGGAAAGCUGAAUAACGUCCUCAUGCAUCUCCGCAAAUGUUUGCAACAUCCCUACCUCUAUGCCGAGGACAUAGAGCCCCAAGGUCUUCCUCCUGACGAGGUGCACCACAAACUAAUCGACGCGAGUGCCAAACUUCGCUUCCUUAAACUGUUAUUGCCGAAGCUGAAAGCUCGAGGACAUCGCGUCUUGUUGUUCAGCCAGGAUGGAAGCACUAAAGGCACGGAGCGCCAGAAAUGCAUGGAUGAAUUCAACAAGCCGAAUUCCGAGUAUUUCAUCUUUCUGUUAACUACCCGCGCUGGCGGUGUUGGAAUCAACCUCUUCACCGCAGACACUGUUAUCAUUUUCGAUCCAGAUUUCAACCCUCAUCAGGAUCUUCAAGCCAUUGCACGAGCGUAUCGAUAUGGUCAAAAAAAUACCUGUCUUGUUUUCAAGCUGAUGGUCAAGGAUUCCGCUGAAGAGCGAAUCAUGCAGAUUGGAAAGAAAAAGCUCGUUUUGGAUCACUUAAUUGUGCAGAAGAUGGAUGACGACGAAGAUUCACCCGGAGAGAAUAUACAGUCGAUCCUGACGUACGGUGCACAAGCGUUGUUCGAUGAACAGGAAUCCGCCCAGUCUAAGGAUAUCACCUACUCUGAGCAGGACAUCGAAAAGCUCAUCGAGAAGACCGAGACGGAAGGCGAGCAGACUGAAGGCCCCAAGGAGGGAGGAAUGUCCUUUUCGUUCGCCAAAGUCUGGGCAACGGACAGGAAUGCUCUCGAUGAAGUCGGCGACGAGGAUCAAGUGGAUUCGUGGGCACUGACUUUGGAGAUGAUUAACAAGGAGCGAGAAAAGGAGAGGGCACUUGAACAGGCGCUCUCCGGCCGUGGUGCUCGACGGAAAGCCGCCGAUGUCGCAAAGACCAAGAUGGUGGCCCAGGAUUCAUUCACGAACGACUCCCCUGUCAAGCACAAGAAGGGUUCGUCUGUCGUCGACCUCGACUUUGAGGAUAACGAUUCUAUCGCGAGCGAGAGCACAUCCCACGUAUCAAUAAGAUCGGACGAUGAAGACUUUGCUAUGGACAUAGACAAGCCAAAGAAGAAGUCCCGACGACGUCCAAGCGCUGUUGUUCAUCUGGAAGACAUUCCCGACGUUGCUAGGCAAGACCUUCUAGAUUGUGGCCUAUGUGGCGGAAAACAUGGAAUCAAGCAGUGCUUGAUGACGGACAAUUCGGAAAAUCUUGCGGAAUACCGAAUGAUGUUGAUUUACCAUGCUGACGAUGAGCCCUACGAAGAACGGUAUGCUGCUGUUAGAGCCAUCGACGAACUUCUCAACUCCAGAGGACAGCUUCGUCUGAUUCAAGGACAACCUCUGCACCCCCUUCCAAAGGAAGUCACUAUCCCGCCUACAAAGAAGCCCAAGCAAGCAGCCGACGCUGCGAAGGAGUACAUAAAGAAGCAAAAGGCUGGACAGGUACAUCAACCCACACUGGCUGACUAUCGAGGGGGAAGUGAAGAAAUCGAGGUGGUCCGGAGCUUCAGGACAGUAGACAAGAAUAACGCGGUUGCAGGGCCGUCCCGCCCUCGACCCGCCCUUCCAGCAGCAGUUCCCACUGCAACACAGUCUGCACCAGUGACAACCGCGACCCCUCAACAACUCCCACCGCAACAUGUAGCGAAUUCCUCAAGUAAGCAAAGCACUUUCAGACACGGACAGGGUACAGCACCGCUUGGAGGAGUGUUGCCCGCUGCCGGGCCUUCAAACUCGAGUGUGAAUGGGACCAGCAAUCAGGCCCAGACUCGACCACACGCAUGUCGCCUAUGCAAUCGUGUACCCAGUCACAAACUAAAGGAGUGUCCGAGGGUGAAGGGCAAGUCACCGGCCGAGCUCAGAGAUCUUAUUCAAACAUUGGAAAAUGGGGGUAACCCUUUGCAUGUCGACAUCGCAUUCGUUCUCAAAGCGCACCUUCAAAAAGCGGAGAAGAAGACCUAA